AUGAAUGAGGAAACAGCAGUGCGAGUGUGGUGGCUAGAAGGCGGGUUGGGCGCUGGGUGCCUCCGAGCCCUCCUUGAAAACCCGGCUGCUGUGCUGGUAGAACGUCCUCACAGACUUCAGGCUUACAUGAGUUCCCAUGGGAGUGGACAGAUAAUAUUCCAUUCUCCUCCCACAACUCCUCCCAAAACCCCUCCCACAACUCCUUCCAAAACCCCUCCCACAACUCCUCCCAAAACCCCUCCCACAGCUCCUCCCACAACUCCUCCCAAAACCCCUCCCACAACUCCUCCCAAAACCCCUCCCACAACUCCUCCCAAAACCCCUCCCACAGCUCCUUCCAAAACCCCUCCCACAGCUCCUCCCACAACUUCCAUAAAAGCUGUUACUAAGGUUAUCCUCCUACCAAGACUUCCCACACGCCCCCACACCCACACGCCCCCACACCCAUACGCCCCCACACCCACACGCUCCCACCCACACCCCAUACCCACAAACGCCCGUACACCCCCAUAA